GUGAUGAGACCAAAUUCAUGAUUGCUUCAGCCUACAAACCACUUAGGCAAACAGCGCGACAUGUCUUGCAUGCCUACCUUUCUAAGCAUGACCACUGCUGCUUCUUUUCAAGCUGGUCUCAUACAAGAAUGUAGUCAUCAAUACCGGUCGUGAGAUUUUUGCAACGCUGGUAAGAUUUAAACCUGCAAUUUCCCAGUUAUGGAAUUGUUCUGUGUUCGUUCCAAACCUCGCUACUUUCGAGGGUGCCAAAGCAGGAAAGAAGACCGCAAGGGUGAGAAGAAAUCAUCCAUCAUUUACGUUGAAGCUCGACUGAGAGCUGCGAUAAGGAAUCCGACAGAGACACGUCACAACCUCACUGUGAUGGUUCACCCAAAUGUCAGCACAGAGUCCUUGGCAUCCAGCCAGGAGCAACAUAGUCGCUAUAGCUCUUGUCGCUCACAUCUCCUCGGUCCACUAGUUCACAACUCGAGCUGCAACCAUGAUUCUGACUCCGAACGGGGUAGACCGGGAAGACCAGCGCACGACAACUCACCGCAGUUACCCCAGGUCAGCCAAGUCUACGUCCACCCAUAUUCCACUCAUCACUAUCGAUUCCCUGUGGUUGAUCACAGUACAACCUGCCACGGUCAUCGCUUAACUCCUUGUCCGGUCUACUACACGGCGCUCGUCCCCGAAGUUGCAGCCAUACAAGAUGUUGUAGCUGCGUUAGUCGACCAUCCGGGCCAAGUAGGUAUGGUUAGACUGCUGGGAACUGAUGAAUUAGUUCACCUCAGUACAUUUCACUGCAUCAGAAUUCUUCACGAGGUUUCAUUGCAGCUCGAGGUCUGGGAUAGUGUUGAUCUGGUGAAUAGGGUGUGAAGAAUAUUGAUUAGAGAAACGACAGCUGGGGGAGACGGGACAUCGUCACUUCAGGUGCCUACCAUUACAUUACGCCUGUUGCAGAUCCGAGUGAGACGAGGUGGCCGUUCACAUCGUUCAGCAUGUUGAACAAUAUUGGCAC